AUGAAUCCCCAAGCCUUCCGCUCGGUAUGCACCCGAGCAAGGCCUGAUGUCCAAAGAACCGGGUAUGCGCUGAAAAACUACUUUCGGGACUUUUCGACGUCCCAAUCGCUCGCCGCAGACGAAGCUUCCCCCAAGCCUCCCCCUUCGGCACCAUCAGUCCGCCAACGAUCGAAAGCCGCUGCAAAUGAAAUCAAUUCCCUCGUGAGAAGGGGCUCUCCCCGAGGCGGAAACACAUCUUCACAGCGCUCGUCUCCCCUAGCGGCUUCCCAGUCCCAAGUCAUUGAUGUGAGGAGUCUGCCCAGGGGUCUAUCACGAGGACGAGGCGGUUUCCGCGGCAGAGGACAAGUCGGCGCCGUUCCGCAGGGUCAACCUCCUCGUACGCAAUCACCCACCGGUAACAGAUUCUCUCGUCCCUCUGGCGGACGGGGAUCUGCCCUGCGUGGUGGUCGCGGUGGCAGGGGAGGAGCCAAGGGCCGCCCGCGCAGCAAAGAAGACGAGGACAAGGACAAAAAGUUUGGCAAGCGACAGGAUCCAUAUGAAGUCAUGGAUCCGUAUGAGGAACAGUUUGACAAGGAUAUGAGGUUUGGCGUGACCACCACGUAUAAGCCUUCCCUGACGAUGGAUUCAUUGUCGCCAUUUGCACCGGCCACGCCUACCACCGAGACGGGCAGACGGGCGACUGUGCUGGAGAGUCUGAGUGCGCUGGGGACAGCGGAUCCGGUGGGUGUGCCGCAGGAUUUACAGGCGCGUAGCUAUGCGGAAGACUUGGAGAGCGAUGGGCUGCGGUUCUUUGCUGAUGGAAAGGGGAGGGAGGCUGCAGAGCGGUUUCUGCAGGAGAAAAGGACGGAGGGGGAGGGCGAGAUUAUCAAGGAUGCGGAGGAGAGUGUCAGGGAGGUUGUGUUUAAGAAGGCGGUGAUGGGGGAGCAUGAGAAGAUGGUGUUUAAGCAGGAUCCCGUUGGCGUUUCUAGAAAUUGGCAUUUGAGGGCCGAGACGUACACGCGGAAAGACGUGGAGACCUUUCAGAAGAAGUUGACUUCUUUGCUGGGCGGGAAGAAGGCUGCCGCUUCUGCUUCGCCAUGA